AUGGAAAAUUACCAUAAAACCAGCGGAUAUAACGUUGGUGGGGAUACUGGAUUGGAAGAAUCUGAAGUGAGUUGGUUGAGAAACGCAUUGAAGGACUUGUUUGCUCUAGGACAAUCUGAAAUAAGUGCGCAAGUAAUUCAGUGUCUUGAUGGACCAUUAGCAAUGUCCUUCAUAUUGUCUGGACUUCUGUGUGCAAGUGGUCAAGAUGACGUCACAUAUACACUACUAAGUAUCAACAUGUUUAUGGCAGGGUUAGCCACAAUUUUACAGAACAUGUUUGGCGUACGACUUGGUGUUAUUCAAUCCUCAUCGUUUUCAUUUGUUGCUCCUAUUAUUGCAAUGAUGACACUAGACAAAUGGAGCUGUCCAAAUCAUGAUAAAGAAAUCACAGGACUAAAUACCACUAAACUGAAGAUGGACGAAGACGAAAUCUGGAAAAUCAGAAUGAGAGAAAUCCAGGGAAACCUUAUUCUUGCCUCCAUCACACAAAUUGUUCUUGGCUGCACUGGAGUGAUAGGAUUCUUACUGCGGUUCACUGGACCCCUUACUAUAGCACCUACUAUUGCCCUCAUAGGGAUUUCACUCACAGGUUCUUUGAUCGAUCUUUGUAAACCACAUUGGGGUAUUUCUUUCAUGACGAUGUGCUUGACUCUUACGUUUGGUCUUUACAUUGGCAAACUAAAACUUCCGCUACCUGCAUGGUCAAAGAAAGAACAUUGUUAUGUAGUUCGUUUCCCAGUGUUUCAAGUGUUUACGAUAUUACUAAGCGUCGGCGUCAGUUGGUUGAUUUGCUACAUUCUAACUGUAACCGAAGUCUUCCCUAAUAAUCCUGAGAAACCAAGUUAUAUGGCACGAACAGACGCAAGGGUAGAGGUUCUGAAGACAGCUCCAUGGUUUUACUGGCCAUACCCGUUUCAGUUUGGUAUGCCUACCUUUAGUGCAGCGGGAUAUGUUGGGUUCCUGGCUGCCACCGUAGCAUCCAUUAUAGAAUCAGUUGGAGAUUAUCAUGCCGCAGCCCGAAUUGGUGGUGUCCCACCCCCUCCUCCACACGCUAUAAAUCGUGGAGUAGCUGUGGAAGGUUUCUCCAGUAUAAUAUCUGGUAUGAUCGGGGCAGGACCUGGCACAACAACUUACAGUGGGGUAAUCGGCGCUAUCGGAAUAACAAAGGUUGCAAGCAGAGCUGUGUUUAUCACAGCAGGGUUUGUAAUGGUUAUCUGCGGUGUUGUCGGGAAGUUUGGGGCUUUUCUCACAUCAAUUCCAUAUCCGGUGGUUGGUGGAGCUGUCAUUGUACCUGUUGGUAUGGUGGUCGCCGUGGGUAUAUCCACUUUGAAAUUUAUAGACUUGGAAUCGACAAGAAAUCUUACAAUCUUCGGGACGUCAAUCUUUCUGGGUUUGAUGAUACCACAGUAUAUAAAUGAUCCCGAAAAUGCCAAUGUCAUUGAUACAGGUAACGAGGAGUUAGAUCAAGUUAUCAAAGUCUUGUUGGGAACGUCAAUGUUUGUUGGUGGAUUCGUCGGUUGUUUGUUAGAUAACACUGUUUCAGGGACGGAUGAAGAACGCGGAAUAUUAUCGUGGCGGAAAAGAAACGUUACAACAUUCGACGCCUCUGGAAGAGAUGCGUCCUUAUCCAUGUACGAGUACCCGUAUGUAACAAAGUAUUUUAGACGCUUGCGGGUUUGUUCCUACAUACCGGUGUCACCAACGUUCGAUAAAGGCAUGAAUGUCACGUGCUCUCGUGCUUGCUGCCGCCCGAAAACGAAACGUAAUAAUGUGUCUGGAGAAGCAAACUUGAAUCAAUAUGCAUUUGAUAACACAGAAAGUUUUGCUCAUUCCGCUAGUCUGGAUGUGAAAUGGUAAUGAUGACAGGUCUUGCGAGUUUCAAUAGACAUCCUAUUUUUACGCUUUCAUAAACUCAGUGUAAUAUUAUUCUAUACUUAGUAAUUUGUUAUGUAACAAAUUUAGACAAAUUAUAUUUAGUAUAUAUCCAUACAUAACACGUUGUCAUGUUGUUUAGUUGAAACAGCAAUGUCAAAUAUAUAUUACACCAAAAUGCAAAUUUUAAAAAUCAUUUCUAUGUUACCAAAACCAGACUAUUAGACAUCUAUAAACAACACUGGUAUUCAAAUAUUAAUGACUCGAGCAGAUUAUCCUUAUGUAGUAAAUAUAAUAUAAACAGGAAUUUAAACAGGAACAAUAUCUAAACUACCAGAUACUGAAUAAAUGAAAAGAAAUUUAGCAUAUAACUGACCAAAGUUAGACUCUCUUCUCACAACAUUGCGAUCGGGACAGACGGACAUCAUGGAAUUCCUCAGGAAGAACAGAUAUGUCCGAACUGUACAAUGAAUGUCAUAGAAAAUGAAUUCCAGCUUUUACUAAUUUGGCAGAAGUACUAUGACAGGAAACGAAAAUAUUUCAAAGCAUAUUAUUGCAGAUGGCCGAAUAUGAGAAAAUUUGAAACAUUAAUGUCAAGCGAAAAAUGAAAGGAUUUAUGCAAUCUUGCUAUAUAUUUUUAUAUUUUGCAAUUAAAAAAAGAACUUACUUUUUCAUUUGUCUUUAUUUUUCUAUGCAAGAGGUUCGAACAUGUAGCUAAUUUCUCGGUAAACUUGUUUUGCGAAUAUGUGGUAUUUUU